AUGACCCCCAGCCACCACCAAAGGCCACCAACCCAAUCCCCACCCCCAGAAAACAUACUACACCCACCCAAACAUUCAGGCCACUAUCAGAACAUACAGUAUAGCACAAAGACACCCAGGCUGGGUCGACCCCCCACCCCACUGGCCCCAUGUCACACCCCAAGCCAACCCUACCCCCCAGCCCAUGAGAACCACAGACCACCAGCGCACCGGAGGCUCCCAGACCAGAGCCGGGCACCAGGACACACACCGGCCCAGGGCCCGGCAACCUGCCCGCCAGAGCCCAAGUGCCCCUGCCCCAGCAGAGCCACAGCCCAGGUGCGGCAUGCCCCCAGAACCCCAAGCUCCCCGCGCCCACCUCGGACUCGCCCCAGCACAGCCAGGCAACCGGACCAGCGACCCAUGACCGCCGCUACAAACUACCCGAGGGCCCACAUGCAGCCACCAGAAGACAUCCCCCAGAACCACCAAGGCCCUCCCCAAAGCGAGAGCAGUGUCACCCCCACCCCGGAACCCCCAGCGGCCAGCCCCCAAGAAACCCCCACCAGCCCCAAUGCCCCACGAGACCCAGCAACAGCAAAGGCAGAAGCCCUCACCAUCAUCAAGCCCCAAGGCACUAAACCCUCUGGUGUCCCAGCACCCAACACAUAG